UAUCCUCAGUAUCGUUUUGUAUCCUGCCAAGAAGUGCCUUUCUUCCUUCCUGCAUUCACGCACGCACUUACACCCAUCACACACACACGCGUUUGUUGGGCGUAUACAAGGAUCACUCCCAGCUAUGUUUACGUUACUUCUCGUAGCCGCCCUAUCGGGUACAGUCCACUCAGCCACCCAAUCACAGUACAGUCUCUUCACGAGGGUUCACCCCGUUCAUCCGACUCAAGUGCCGCAUCUCCAGCAUGCUCCGGAAGCCAGCUAUCACCCUGAGCAGCUGCAGAGACAUCAUGAGGCGCCACUUCCCAUCGCGGUGGCCGCCUACACCCGUAGAGACGCACAAGCCAAGGAGUUCGUCCCUAUCUUGGCCUACUCCAAUGAUAUUGCGUUCGACGGAACUUACUCUUACAAUUACGAGACAGGUGACGGUAUGACUCGUCAGGAAAGUGGAGUGAUGAACAACAGGGGGACCCCGGACGAGGCCCCCUCAGUGACGGGGUCCUACUCCUACACAGACCCCGAGGGUCGCCUCAUCAAAGUCAACUAUGUCGCCGAUGCAAACGGAUUCAGAGCGGAAGGGGACCAUCUCCCCACCCCUCCCCCUAUCCCGGAGGCAAUCCUGAGGUCGCUGGAGUACAUAGCCGCCAAACAGAGAUCGGAGCCGAUAGAUAGGAAUAGCUACAAUGAGAGGAUAGUUACUUCUAAGUGAUCUCUGGUUAGGAAUAGAAGUUUUUUGAGGAAAGAAAACGAAAAACUGAUCAAUAAUAGUGUUAUUGGAACUUUAGAAAGAGUACUACUUAAACCCAAAACUCUUACUUGAUGAUAGCUCUUACUUGAAAUUGAAGGCCGCCAUUGGGGUAUUUUAGCACGAAAUAUUAUAUCUAUAUAUUUGUAAUACUGUAGAUUACAAAGGCAUUGGUAUGAAAUAAACUUAUAGGUUGCCCCCUCAAUGGCCGAUUUCAAUUCCAAGUAAGACACUAGCGCUACAUGUGAGUCUAUACAUCUUAAAGGCCUUUGCUUAAACCUAUGAUCAUAAUAAUUAUAAUGAACUGCAAUUUUGUGUGAAAGUAGUGUAAUUCUUUAUAGUGAAUCUUUAUGAUGAGAAAUUUUGUGGUAUUUCUCUAUAAUUAUUGGAAAAAUACGUCUUGUAAGAUCACCACGUUUAGUGAGGUCCACGUUAAAAUGGUAGUGGAGAAAUGGAUAGGAGGAAAACGUUGCCGAACCUCUGUCUUGUCAAUGCCUUGUAUAGACGGUAGCUGAUACAGGUUCAUUGAUGCAAUAUUAUCUGUUAAUUCUCGUUUAAAAUAAUCAAUUAUAUUUUAUUAAGCAAGAGAUUAUAUUUUUCAAUAAUUUCAUGAUGAAUUUUCAUAAUUAACAUGAAAUAUUUUGUUUAUUAAUGAUUAAUUCUACAUUGUUAAAAGACGUUCUGGCAACAGAGCGGAUCAAGAAAGAGAUAGCGCUAUCCGCUUUGUUGAAUGAUAGGCAAGGAUAGCAAUACCAUUGCUAAUCAAACACUGCCAUUAUAACGUGGAUCUCACUAUAUUAAGGCUAGCUACACACACAUCAAUUUUUGUUCGUACAAUUUUUUACCGUCCUUAUGAAUUCCAUUAGAUUGAACAGAUGAUGUUUGGCAAGUUCCGAUUAAUCUGGUAGAAUUGAUAAGAGAGGCAAGAAAUCGUACGAACAAAAAUCAAUGUGUAUGUAACUGGCUUCAGAUGUUGAUGU